GCUCUGGUUUGUUGUCAACAACAAAUAAAUACACAAACCCAACACAUUGGCGCAAAAAUGAGCGAUCUUCCUAUCACCACCAAUUUCUCAGAAAAGUUACUUCCCGAGAACGAUGUCGAACAGGACAUACCGGCAUUUAAAGUGAUCGACCGAAGAAAACUGCUGUACGAAAAAAUGGAAGUGAUUGAUCUUACCGAGGAUGAGUUUCUGAGAGAAUUCAAAACCUUUCUAAACACGCUCAGCGACCAUCGGCUAGAUGUUGAUGCACGGCGCUCUGGUACAAAGGCUAAAUCCAAUUCGGUUAUCUACACUCUAAGCGUACCGGUUGUCUUUCUGUCUCAUGUUCGAACACACCAAGACACCUUCAUUAACGAGCUGUUCAGGAUAAACUUCUCCAGCUCAAUGGUGUACGGGCAGUUAACGGCCAAAACGUACCGAGACGAUGUUACCAUCUAUCAAUUAGACGAUGGAACAGCAAAGGUUGAAGUGUACUACCGACCAUCGAACAACAAAAUGCUUGAUUAUCUACACAAGCUGGUAUGUUGCGAAGAUUCACUUCGCAAGAAAUCUUCGCCAAUGAAUGACGAAUCAAUCCCGACAUCUGUCGAGCUCAGACGCCAUCUCCGGUUACUGAUAUCGAUGGCCAAAGCGCGGUGCCACACACACCUAGCUCAUUUAAACCUACGAACGCAUUGCUUUGUUAUCGGACGCCCUUUCGUGGGCAAUGAAGGGCGCAUAGCUGUGUUUGCCGAAACCAUACUGCCCGACGCUGAGCUCGGCUAUUCGUGCGAGCUGUUCUGGAAAAGUUUUCUCCUUUCCGUUUACGAACCACUGAUUGAAAGCACCGUUGCGGAUAACAAUCGCAUUGCCUACAUAACCGAAAGACUGAAUAAAUUGAGCUUAUAAACGCAUUUCUCUGUUGCAAA